AUGUUUGUGCUGAGGCGAGUCGGUGACUUCAUUGUAGAACAUCCUUUCUAUGGCUUUAUUGCAGGAACAGUCUCUUAUGUUGCUUUUUUGCGCGUAAGAGCCAGUACUAGACGCAAUCCUAGACGCCUUCCUCUACCUCCAGGUCCAAAGGGACUCCCUAUACUUGGGAGCAUAUUUGAUAUGCCACUGGAAUAUCCGUGGCUUGUAUACGAUCAAUGGUUUAAAAUCUAUGGUGACAUGGUAUAUUUCGAGGUUUUAGGACAACCAUUUCUUCUUCUUGGCUCCCUUAAGAGAACAAGCGACCUGUUCGACAGACGGUCAUGGAAUUACUCUAGCAGAGCGCACAUGCCUAUGCUCGUCGAACUUAUGAACUGGAGCUUCAGUCUGGCACUCAUGCCGUACGGACAAACAUGGCGCAGGCACAGACGGGCAUUCAAUGAACAUUUCCACCGGAAUACUGUUUGGAAGUAUAAGGCAUUGCAGCAACGCGAGUCUCGUGCACUACUCCGCAAUCUGCUGGAUUCACCAAAUCAGUUUUUGCACCAUAUUCGGCAUACUUUUGCUGCCAUGAUCAUGGAUAUCGCGUACGGCGCCAGAGUUGAAGACUCGUCUACCGAUCCCCAUGUUCUGAAGAUUGAAGAAGCUCUUGAGGGUCUUACAGAAGCUGGUGUUCCAGGGGCCUUUUUAGUGGACAUAAUGCCGAUAUUGAAAUAUGUUCCAUCUUGGUUCCCUGGAGCUGGGUUCAAGCGCAAAGCAGCCAAGUGGAGUAAAAUCAAUACUGAUGUUGUACAAGAUCCCUUCAUUCGCGUCGAAGAAAAUAUGAAAGAAGGAAAGGCAACGCCUUCCAUGGCUACGUCCUUGAUAGACCGGCUGCCCGAAGAAACUGAUCCUGGGUACGCUGAUGAGAGAGCAAUUGCGCAGAAUGUGGCAGCUGUUGCAUAUAUCGGUAAGCUCAAUACCGUGUCAGCAACUCAAUCUUUCUUCAUGGCCAUGGCUUUGUAUCCAGAAGUUCAAAGAAAGGCUCAAGAGGAAUUAGACCGAGUGAUUGGUAGGGACCGCCUGCCAGAGUUCAGUGAUCAGCUUUCUCUUCCAUAUGUCAUGGCCGUAGUCAAAGAAACCAUGCGGUGGCAGCUGGUCACUCCUCUUGGUCUUGGUCACUCAAGUUCGCAAGAUGAUGAAUACGAUGGAUACUUUAUCCCUCAAGGGACCAUAGUGAUAGGAAAUUCUUGGUCCAUUCUACAUGAUCCAAUUGUCUUCUCGGACCCUCUUGAAUUCAUACCCGAAAGGUAUUUAUUGAAGAAUGGCCAACUCGACCCCAAUGCUCUUGACCCGAAGUGCGCAGCAUUUGGCUUUGGUCGCCGAAUCUGCCCAGGGAGACAUUUGAGCGACAAUGCAUUAUAUAUUGUUGUGUCUUCCGUCCUAGCCGCCUUUGACAUCAAACCAAUCCUCGGCAGCGAUGGAAAUCCCGUGGACCUCAAAGCAGGUGUAACAAAUGGGAUGGUUUCAUUUCCUAUCCCUUUCAGGUGUGAGGUCAAACCUCGAGGAGAAAAGGCAGCAGCACUGAUUAGCGACUCCGGAGAAUAUUAA